CUGCUACUGAGGGUCCGGGACCUAAUCCAGCAACACAGGGAACUUACAGCAGCCACAGCCAUGUCAGCAUUAAGUGACUCCGGUUUCGAAGAGGACAUCCAGAGUCCUUCUCCAUCCCAGCAGAACACACAGUGGGCAGAGGAUGCCAACGAGAGACUGGCAGCUGAGUGGCAGCACAGCGACUACCAGGAGAGCUGCUUCAUCAUCCAGAAAAACAGCGAGCAGCACUUCCAUGCUUCUCACUGUCUGGCUCGUCAACCACAGAUAACAGCAGAGGCACGCUGUAAACUGGUGAGCUGGCUUAUCGCUGUUUAUAAACAUUUCAAGCUCUCGUUCGAGUCCUGCUGCUUGGCCGUGAACAUCGUGGACCGUUUUCUGGUCACGACACCAGUGGCAGCAGAUUGCUUCCAGUUACUCGGUGUGACGGCUUUACUAAUUGCAACCAAACACGUUGAGGUUUGCUCACCACGUAUCAAGCACCUGCUCUCCCUCUGCUGUGAUUCUUUCUCUAAACAACAGCUCUGCAACCUCGAAUGCCUCGUUCUGCUCAGACUCAACUUCAGGCUGGCCGCCCCGACUCUGGCUUUCUUCCUCGAUUACUUCAUCAGUCGGGAGUUGUCCGGACCUGCGACCAGAACGGAAGCAGGAAACGACCGCAAGAGCCGGCAAGUCACAGAAGAGCAGCUCUGCAGUGCCAGAAGAUAUAAAUGCUUAGCCCGCAAGGUGUGUGAGCUGAGCCUGGCAGACUACGCUUUUAACAAGUAUCAGCCGUCUGUGAUCGUGCAGAGCGCCAUAAGUGUGGCGAAAGAUCUGCUAAGGAGACAUUUGAAAGAGUCCACGGUUAAAGACGCCAGCUUAGCCGAGAUGUUGGACUUCCUCCGUGUCGAAGAUGACAGUUCGUCAGGGUUCGAUAAUCAUUCUGCAAUUCAGCAAUGCACAGAGGAGCUUAAACUGCUGGUAUCUCUCAACCAGGAGUCAAUUCAGAACUUGAUAGCACUCUGUAACAGUACAAAACAUCAUUAACUGUGGACUGUUCUCAUCCUCUUGGUGCUGUUUUUCCUUAAUUAAUGAAAUACUGAAACUUUUGUAAAUAUAGCCUAGAAUCUGCUUUUUACAACCAAUGAAUGAUCUUUGAUUCAUGUUGUUCUGUAAUUAUUUACUGAUCUAGAUCUGCGAGGUAUGAGACCCAUAAUAAGCAAGCUUCUGUAACCCAUAAUGAAACGCAUAAUAAGGAACCAGAUCCUAAAGAGAGCCAUACAGUGAGGAAACGGCGACUCCUACUGGUCGGUUGAGGCACAGACAGGAAAAGAAUAAGAAAUAAAGAAAGCAUAGCGUGUUCUUCCAUACGUGUUAAAGCUUUUUAAAGGAAUCUGCUGCUGUCUGUUGGGAGACAAAGAAGAAAUAAAAAAUAAUACAUAA